CGGAAAGGCCACACACAUGACCAACCCGAGGCCGAAAACCCGAUUUCCUUCUCAUUUCCGGAUACAUAACUGGGUGAACGUAUCAUACUUUUGCGGUGAUUACUGCGCGGCGAUACUCGCGACCGUGUAGUCUGGAACUUGAAUCGCAUCGGAUCACGCGCAGAUAGGUACAACGUUCAUCCAUCGUUCACAGAGCCUUCUCAAAUAACGGUGUGCCUCAUCUUCACCUCACAGACACCUUCGUCAGUCUGCAAAGCGAGGCGAUUGAUCUCACGCAGAUCCAGGAUCCGAGAGCCCUUUGCAGCACUCGACAGUCAUUGCUGUUCGUAGAGUUUUGCACUCGUUUUUCUAUACGGAGCUAUGCUAGGGACUGGCCAGUCUCGUGCGUUGUCCCGCGGUUCCAGUGCAUCAGCCGACCACGGCAUCAAUGAAAGCUGGAAUGUCGGUGUGCCAGGAACAGAAAGCCAAGUCCAGAGGGUGUGUAUUUUGCAGAUUGGAGGGUCGCUCUCAUGGGAGAGACGAGAUCAGCUGUCGGCGCUCCGUCAGCGAGAUCCAGGGUUAUCAUCAGCCAUCUCUCCAAGUGCGGGGUGAACGGGAGACAGGAACGCGAAGUUGACAGAUUACAUAGAGUUAUGCCACAGAAUCGCCUCCUGGGAUCCGUAAAACGAGCAGCCAGGGCAGAAGGGAGCGUUGACAGGCGCCAUUCGAGCUGUUCAUACGCCGUUCAGGCGCGGUUUGGCCAUUGCGCGAGAGUAGAGCAGCUGGGAACACGUUCCGAUCCCAGUCAAAGAAUCCACGGUUUCAAGGGGAUACAAGUCUUCUGGACCAGGGAAGAGCCCGGACAAACGAUCAGGCAUGCCAAUGCGGCUAGUGGAGUGCGAGUUUUCGAAAUGAAACGGGAGAGAACCGGAGACGGCCACCCGAGCCCAAGAAUCCUGGAACAAAGAACAAGCUGCAGCCCUCCGAUGUCGCUGGCGUCAACUGAGAUGGUCAGGUGGAACCGCCUGUGAGUGAUCAUGAUCUGGCAAUCGCAGAACAGAGACACGUCCGAUGAAGUGGACAGUCCCGUUUCCAGUUCGCCCUGUCCAGCAUUCGAUAUCUCCAGCCCUUAGAGUGCACCCUGUCAGAGUGCGCCGGGGUGGACGACUCCGAGUCCGAGGGCGUGCCAGGCAAAGAACAACAUCCUGCCAAUAGACACACACAAAAGCGCCAAUCCCACCAGACGGAACCCCGCAGAGGAUGCAAUAGAUAGACCACGGGUUCCAUCCGAGAGGCAAUACAGUUUGUCGCGAAGAUGACCACAAUCGUUUACGGAACACAGAACGGAUGGGACAAGAAAGGGACGCCCUGAAUUCGGUGUUCCGUGAUACGAAGCUGGAAAGGAUCGCGUGCAGCGUUGCAGGCGGCACAAACGAACCACUGUAUCGACAAUAUGAACAAUAUGAAAAUCGGCUGAAUGUCUCCGAGGAGGAGAUGUCUCGUCGCGACGGAUCCCAAGAUAGACUUCCGCACACUCGAAGUCGUUAUCCUUCGCCUCAUGUUCCACGCUUCCGACGACGCGCGAUACCGAGUGCGCAUGGAGGAGAUUGUGCUGUGGAGAUCGGGGACGAUAUGUCCACGGGCAGGAGGAUGGGCGCAACUUACCCGUUGACGGCCUGGGACGGCCGGAGCAUCGAGCGGAGACUCGGCUGCGGUAUCGCUUUCGGCGGGUGCUGACACACGAGAAAGCGAUUGUCACUCACCGCGGCCCGGGCCUGACUAGUCUCAGAAAGACAUAAACGGUGUUCGCUUCGCCAUUCCAUCGUCAACGAAGCGAGAGCACAACUAGGCUCGAAGACUAAACGACCAGACGCGGUUCAGACCCUGCUCCGCUACUUGUCAGUAAGUGGUGCGUGCUCUCGGUGAGGGCGGCGGAACUCCUGCUAGCUUGGGAUGUAUCACGGAAAUUGCACGCCUGAGGCCUGCCCCCCCCCCCCCCCCCCCGCAUACCCGGACCGGACGCGACUGAUCACAAGAGGAGUGCGGUCACGGACACACACCUGUCACAAUCAAUGUCACUCAAGGUAUCACUCCUUAUCACUCCUCCGACUUCCAGUCCUGUAUGCUCAGUGCUCUCCUACUUCUCAUCAAUGAUGUCCGAGUCUCUAAGCAUG